AUGAAGUACCUGAAGCCGUGGUGGUCCGAAAGCGGCGGCCUCCUGCAUCUCACCAUCCUGCUGAGCUUGGCGGGGCUCCACCUGGAUCUGGACCUAGAUCUCUACCUGCUGUUCUCGCCUCCCACCUUCCUCGGGGAUGAUCUACUGCUCGGGGACUGCCAGACGAGUCCCGCGUACGCGCCCAGCCUCUUCUCAGCAUCGGGAGGGCGGGGGCGCACGGACCACCUGCACCCCAAAGGCCGGGAGCCAGACCCCGCGGCGGAGCCCGAGGGCCAGCUGUUCUGGGAGGUGCGCACGCUUGGGGUCCCCUUUAUCCCCCGCACCCGUGUGGAUGCGUGGCUGGUGCACAGCGUGGCGGCCGGGGACACCGACGGCGCACACGGACUGCUAGGCGCCGCCGCCGCCUCCUCGGCCGGAGGAGUCGGCGCCAGUGCGGACGGCGGCAACCAGGCUGCGCCGGGGGCUGGCGGGGACCCCCGAGCAGCUCCGAGUAGCCCCUUGGAGGAGGAGGAGGCACCCGCGGAACCGACGGCUCAAGUGCCGGACGCCUGCGGACACGCGAGCGAGGAGAAUGAGGUAUUAAGAGCUGUGGGUCACAGUUCCCAGCAGGAGGAAAAUGAGCAAAGAGUGUCUUCAGCCCAGAAGGAAAAAUCACUACAUCAGAAGAAUGAAGAUGAAAAUAAAAGAGCAGAGAAACCCGAGUGGGAGGCAGAAAAGACCACUGAACCUAGAAAUGAGAGACAUCUAAAUGGGAAUGACACAUCUUUCUCUCUGGAAGACUUACUUUGCUUGCUUUCAUCACAGCCUGAAAAUUCUCUGGAGAGACAUCUAUAUGGCAGCCACACAUCUUUCUCUCUGGAAGACUUACUUCACUGGCUUUCAUCACAGCCUGAAAGUUCACUAGAGAGACAUCUAAAUGGGAAUGACACAUCUUUCUCUCUGGAAGACUUACUUCACUUGCUUUCAUCACAGCCUGAAAAUUCUCUGGAGAGACAUCUAUAUGGCACCAACACAUCCUUCUCUCUGGAAGACUUACUCCAGUUACUUUCAUCACAGCCUGAAAGUUCGCUAGAGGACAUCUCACUGGGCGAUAUACCUCCUCUUCCAGGGAGUAUUAAUGAUGGCAUGAAUUCUUCAGCACAUUAUAAUGUAAAUUUUAGCCAGGCUAUAAGUCAUGACGUAAAUCUCCAUGAGGCCAUGUUGCUGUGUCCUGACAAUACAUUUAGAAGAGAUCUGGUAGAAAGGACUUCACAGCCUCAAGAGCCAUUUCUGCAGUUAAAUUCUCAUACUGCCAAUCCUGAACAGACCCUUCCUAGAACCAAUCUGACAGGAUUUCUUCCACCUGUGGACCAUCAGAUAAGAAAUCUGACAAGCCAAGACUUUCUAAAUGACCUUGAUAUGAACAUGUUUGAUGAGAUAAAUUCAGUGUCUUUGGCUGCAGGUGGUUUUGAUCCACUGGAAGUUUCUCACCUUUUUAAGGAACCAGAUUCUGAUUCUGGGCUUUCCUUAAAUUCAAGCCACAAUAGUUCCUCUGUCACCAAGUCUAAUUCUACCUGUGAAGGUGCUAUAGGUUCUAGUAGUGACCUUGAAUCUCUUUCCCACUGUGAUUUAGAAGGUGCUGUAGGUGGCUACUACCCAGAGCCCAGUAAGACUUGUCCCAUGGAUUUAAGAGGUGAUUCUGGUUUUGAUCAGGACCUUGCGUUUCAACACAUACUCCAUAACCACACUUAUCACUUACAACCAAGUGUACCCGAAUCCACUUCUGAAUCUUUUUCAUGGCCAGAGAAGUCACACAAAAUGAGUAGGUACCUGAAUGACACAGACACACACUUAAGCCGCGAUGAACGCCGUGCUAAAGCUCUGCACAUCCCUUUUUCUAUAGAUGAAAUUGUCCACAUGCCUGUUGAUUCUUUCAACAGCAUGCUAAGCAGUCACUACCUGACAGAUUUACAAGUAUCACUCAUCCGUGACAUUAGACGAAGAGGAAAAAAUAAAGUUGCUGCUCAGAACUGUCGUAAGCGCAAGCUGGACAUAAUUUUGAAUCUAGAAGAUGAUGUAUGUAACUUAAAAGCAAAGAAGGAAACCCUCAAGAGAGAGCGAGCCCAGUGCAACAAAGCUAUUAACAUAAUGAAACAGAAACUGCAUGACCUUUAUCAUGAUAUUUUUAGUAGGUUAAGAGAUGAAGAAGGUAGGCCAGUCAAUCCAAAUGAAUAUGCUCUUCAGUGCAGCCAUGACGGAAGUGUUUGGAUUAUACCCAAGGAACUGGUGACCUCAAGCCACAAAAAGGAAACUCAGAAGGGAAAGAGAAAAAGUGAAAGAAGAAAUUAA